AUGUCCACCCCACAAAAGAAACAGGCAUCGCUCCUUGCCUUCUUCGGAAGCCGCGGCAGCAGCUCCUCUUCACCUUCCUCCGAUGCUGCUCCUUCGUCAUCUUCAACCACAUCUUCCGCCUCUUCUCCUGCGAAAAGGAAGCUGCCCUCUUCCUUCUCCUCUGGCGAACUGUCGUCUCCAUCGACUGCCGAGCCGCCCAAGAAGCAGACCCGCCCGACCGAGCUGCAGCCGCAGGUCAAGCACCUCAUCGCCGGCCUGCACGAGCCCGCCUGGCGUCGCGUCCUCGCCAACGAGUUCACAGAGGGCUACUUCGUUCAGCUGGCCAAGUUUCUGGAGCAGGAGAGGCAGACGAAGACGAUCUAUCCGCCGCCAGAGCACGUCUUCAGCCAGCUCAACCUGUGCCCCUUCGAUGAGGUCAAGGUCGUCAUCCUCGGCCAGGACCCGUACCACGGGCCAGGCCAGGCACACGGUCUCGCGUUCUCGGUUGCCCUGGGGGUUACCCCGCCGCCCUCCCUCAAGAACAUCUUCAAGGAGCUCGAGAACGAUCCCGAGGUUGAUUUUACCAAGCCGGAUCAUGGCAACCUGGAGAAAUGGGCACGUCAGGGAGUGCUGCUGCUGAACGCGGUGCUCACGGUCGAAGCGCGCAAGCCCAACUCGCACAAGGACAAGGGAUGGGAACGCUUCACGGACGCCAUCAUCAAGGCCGUCAACGACAAGCGGGAGGGCGUAGUCUUUAUGCUGUGGGGCAAGUACGCACAGGACAAAGGCAAGAUCAUCAGCAAGAGGAAGCACCACGUGCUCACCUCCGCUCAUCCGUCGCCGUUCGCCGCGCACAACUUUUUCGGAAACAAACACUUCUCCACCGCCAACAACCUCCUCAAGCAAAGGACGCUGACGGGGGAGUCCAAGAAGCCGAUCGAGUGGCAGCUGGACCCCAAGGACGUGGAGCGCGAGAACCAGCGCCGGUGGCUCGAGGAGCGGGAGGCGGAAUGGACACACGAGGAGCAGGAAGAGGAGGAGAAGGGCUCAUCUGAUCAUGACCAACCAUCACCGGCACCCCAAGAAGAGGAUGACGAGAAAGAUAGUGGGGAGGAGGAGGAAGACGAAGCCGCCUGA